AUGCGGAAAGCAUUGCGGCGAAAGUUGCCGGAGAGCCGAGUGAUCGGCGCGAAGCGGCAGAUCCGCACCGCAGCCGCCUAUGCAGCCGCUCCGCACGUAUUCAGCAACACCAACCGCGACGUUGUCGACGAUGCGGAGCGGCGAAAUUACGCGACGCACGGGUCAACACACAGAGGCUCCUCGACGUCGCAAAAAUCCGAACGGAGGGGGGAGGUAAGGUGCGUCGAUAAACCACCGUAG